AUGAAGAGACCUCAGAACAGGGCAGCUGCUCAAAGGCUUGCAGAGGUGAUGGCUCACCAGCCAGCCGACGACGAAGAGGAGGAGGAUGAUCUAUACGAUCUCAGCUCGGGCGGUCCAUCAGCUGGUAUAGGACUUGCGGGGAGAAGGCAAGCUCGAAGCAGUUCUCUAAUGUCAGUUCGUAACUCAGUCGAUCAGCCUUCAUCAGCUCGUUACCGACCAGCUCAGCCCAAGCCCGUUGAACCAUCUUCUGUCUCACCAGAACCGCACCAGCAGCCUUCGUCAGCUCGUUAUCGAAAGCUCGUUCCAAGACUCUUGAAAAGUCUUCAAAUACGGAACAUCAGCAGCCUUUAUCAAGCUCGUCAUGCUCCUUCCAAGCCCGUUGAACCAUCGACUGAACAGCAGCAGCCUUCAUCAGCUCGUCAUCGGCCAUCAAAGACUCCAUCGUCUGCUCGAGUAGUUGGCCGGCCAAAUUUACGGGUGAAGACAGUUCCCAUGGUGCCAUCGAGUGUGUCUCUGUCACUUAAACGAGUUUCAUCGGUACAUCCAGCAGAUUCUCAAAAUGAUAAAGUUAAGGAUAAAAGGUUAUCUCUGGAUUUUGGAACUUUCAAAUUAAAAGAACAAGGCGGUCGGUCUUCUUCUGCUCUACAAGACGAGGUACAAUAUAUCCUUCAAGAAGAAAAUGAGAAUUUCAUUGGAAAGCUCAGGAUAGCAGAAGAACGGUAUGAUGAAGCAGAAGCAAGAACUAGGCAGCUGGAAAAACAGAUUGAGUCUUUAGGAGACGGUGUAUCUUUAGAAGCUCGGCUGUUAAGCAGGAAGGAAGCUGAAAUUCAGAAACGAGAGGUUGCUCUUAAAGUUGCAGCAGAUACUUACGGUGGAGGCAAUGAGGAGCUGGCAGUCCUCCGAAUGGAGAUUGAGGCCUCAAGGGAUGAAGCUAACUCUGUUCAGGAUCAACUCCACGAAGCCGAGCAAGAAGUUAAAUCACUUAGGAUAACUACACAGAGAAUGAUACUGACUCACGAGGAGAUGGAAGAGGUCGUUCUCAAGAGGUGUUGGCUUGCUCGAUGCUGGAGCUUAUGCAUUCGUCAUGGGGUCCAUGCUGAGAUAGCUGAAGCAAGACAUGAAUAUUGGUCACGCUUUGCUUCACGCCCAGUCGAAGUUAUAUUGGCAGCCGGGCACAAGGCCAAAGAUGCACAAUAUUCCGCUACCGAUGGUUUAGAAGAAAGGAAGAGAGUUCUGAAGGAGAAGGAAGACCUUACAAACAGAGUCGACGUGGAAAGUAUGCUUAUGGUUGAAAAAGGUCUCAGGGAACUGAGCUCCCUCAAGGUAGAGGAGGCAAUAGCUGUGGCAUCGGCCCAAAAGCGUCGCCCGUGUAUUUUAAAAUCUAAUACAGAUGAAGGGAAGCUACCGGCUGAGUCCAACUAUUCCGAUACAUUUGGAUUGAGUCCGGAUGAGUGCGAAGACGUGCUUCUUAAACAAGCUUGGCUUUCGUACUUCUGGAGACGAGCAAAAACUCUAGGGCUCGAACCUGAUAUCGCUGAUGAUAGACUGCAAUUCUGGAUCAGCCAAGAGAACCGGCCGCCUAAUUCACAUGAUGCCGUUGAUGUCGAGUGCGGCCUUCUGGAGCUCCGGAAGCUGGGGAUGGAGGCGAAGCUGUGGGAGGAGUCGCGGAGAUUGAUCGAUCAUAACCCCUCGCACAAAACGCUGCUGGAAACUGAGUACCAAAUUUUGUCAUAAGCUUUUUUCUUCUUCUUCUUCUACAUUUCCCUUUAUUUUUUCUUGCUACAUUUUGGUGCGUUGCUUCUAUCAUUUUAUGAUCAAUCUUGAUUGGAAAGUGAGCUAUUUCUUCGAAUAUUUUC